AUGUCCUCCCCGCAAGGCCAACGCAUUCAAGCUAGCUGUGUCACUAUAUGGGGCAGUGGUGAUUAUGAUAUCGACGUUGAGACCGAUGAUUGGGCAUCGUACUAUGCAGUUGUCAAGAAGGAUUUUGGAAGUUCGUUUGGACCACCUUUGACUAUAACCGGGAUUUGCCAAUCUGAAGUCCAUGCAUGGAGCGAAUUGGACCGAAUGCUAGGAUUAUGGGCCAAGGUCAUACAGAGCGGGGAGCCAAUGACAGAGGAGCAAAGCUUGGAGAUAUUUGGAGGACCGAAUGGCCGAAACAAACCUAUCUUGCGUCAGUUCUUCGCCGAGACGAAGAAAAGACGGAUGGAACCUGAUGGCAAGAGUACAUAA